CACGGAUCUGCCUUUUUACAGCUAGACCCGUGUGCUGCAAGGAGCUAAGGCCCUCAGUGUCCCCUUCCUCACCCAGGUCACCCCCAGAAUGGAUUCCCAGCGGGAACUUGCCGAGGAACUGCGGCUUUACCAAUCCACCCUUCUCCAGGACGGUCUCAAAGAUCUCCUGGAUGAGAAGAAAUUCAUCGACUGCACCCUAAAAGCGGGUGACAAAAGUCUUCCCUGCCACAGAUUGAUUCUGUCAGCCUGCAGUCCUUACUUCCGAGAGUAUUUCUUGUCCGACAUAGCCGAGGAGAAGAAAAAGGAGAUGGUACUGGACAACGUGGACCCCGCAGUGCUGGACCUGAUCCUCAGAUACCUGUACUCCGCCAGCAUCGACCUCAACGACGGCAACGUGCAGGACAUCUUCGCCCUGGCCAGCCGCUUUCAGAUCCCCUCGGUGUUCACGGUGUGCGUCUCCUACCUGCAGAAGAGGCUGGCUCCGGGCAACUGCCUGGCCAUCCUGCGGCUCGGCCUCCUGCUGGACUGCCCGAGACUCGCCCUCUCGGCCCGGGAGUUCGUGUCCGACCGCUUCCCGCAGAUCUGCAAGGAGGAGGACUUCAUGCAGCUGUCUCCGCAGGAGCUGAUCUCCGUCAUCUCCCACGACGGCCUCAACGUGGAGAAGGAAGAGGCGGUGUUCGAGGCGGUGAUGAAGUGGGUGCGCACGGACAAGGACGGCAGGGCCAAGCACCUGGCCGAGGUGUUCGACUGCAUCCGGUUCCGCCUCAUGGCCGAGAAGUACUUUAAAGACCACGUGGAGAAAGAGGAGCUCGUUAAGAGCAACCCAGAACUGCAGAAGAAGAUCAAGGUUUUGAAGGACGCUUUUGCAGGGAAGCUCCCCGAGCCCAGCCGCGCGGCCGAGAAGCCGGGGGCCGGCGAGGUGAACGGGGACGUGGGCGACGAGGACCUGCUGCCCGGCUACCUGAACGACAUCCCGCGGCACGGCAUGUUCGUCAAGGACCUCAUCCUGCUGGUGAACGACUCGGCCGCCGUGGCCUACGACCCCGCCGAGAACGAGUGCUACCUGGCGGCGCUGGCCGAGCAGAUCCCGCGGAACCACUCCAGCGUGGUCACCCAGCAGAACCAGGUCUACGUGGUGGGGGGACUCUACGUGGACGAGGAGAACAAGGACCAGCCCCUGCAGUCCUACUUCUUCCAGCUUGAUAACAUAGCAUCUGAGUGGGUUGGACUUCCACCUCUGCCUUCAGCCAGGUGUCUCUUCGGUCUGGGAGAGGUAGAUGACAAAAUCUAUGUAGUUGCAGGCAAAGACCUUCAAACAGAGGCUUCGCUGGACUCAGUAUUGUGCUAUGAUCCCGGGGCUGCAAAAUGGAACGAAGUAAAACAUCUCCCUAUCAAAGUAUAUGGCCAUAAUGUGAUUUCACAUAAUGGGAUGAUAUAUUGUCUAGGUGGAAAGACAGAUGACAAAAAGUGCACAAACAGGGUGUUUAUUUACAACCCCAAGAAGGGAGACUGGAAGGACCUGGCGCCCAUGAAAACCCCACGCUCCAUGUUCGGCGUGGCUGUGCACAAAGGCAAGGUGGUGAUUGCAGGCGGGGUCACCGAGGAUGGGCUUUCCGCCUCCGUGGAAGCUUUUGACCUCAAAACCAAUAAGUGGGAAGUGAUGCCCGAGUUCCCCCAAGAGAGAAGCUCCAUCAGCUUGGUCAGCCUGGCUGGGUCUCUGUACGCCAUUGGUGGCUUUGCUAUGAUUCAGCUGGAGUCCAAAGAGUUUGCACCCACCGAAGUCAACGACAUAUGGAAGUAUGAAGAUGAUAAAAAAGAAUGGGCUGGGAUGUUGAAAGAAAUUCGCUACGCUUCAGGAGCUAGUUGCCUAGCAACACGUUUAAAUCUCUUCAAACUGUCUAAGCUAUAAACAAGGUGACAAAACAGCAUAAGUUCAGAUGUGUUUGGUUGGAUAAUAGGGCUUUAAUUUAUUCUGUCUUUUAAAAACCUGUACAGAUUCAUGUAGAAAGUGUUCAGUAAGUUAUUGUCUAGGAGGUGAAUAGAGUAUCAAAACCUCAGUCAUGUUUCUCUUCUGUGUCAUGCUCAGAGUUUAAAACCAUUUUCUAAUGAGAAAUUAAAGAUUCAGUUGAACAAA